AUGCCGAGCUUUGGGAGAAGUCGGUCGAGCUACGAAGACACACAAGCUGAACAGCAGCCAAACAGUGCAACGUCCAAGGAGCAGAAGCAGAUUCUCGCCGACAUCAGUGCGGGUUCCCAGAAAUUUGGGAGGAAGCUCUUGGCCAAACCGCCCGGCCACAAGCGAGGCAAGAGCUCCGAGACCAUCACCCCCGUGACGGUCCUCAACCCAGAACCUGAAGAAGAACGCAAGGGACGCAGGUCUACCAGCUCCAACCGCCCCAAGUUACCCAAGAGAUCUAGCAGUAUGCGUCGAGCUUACCAUUAUUUCUUCGGCGCCCAGUCGCCUGCCCCGCCUUCCCCCAGCACCCCCACGACAGCUGCUGCAGAGCCGCCGUCGACCCCCAAGCUGGAGGAUGAGGCGACACCACGAGAAGCUCCAGACACGCCGCCAAAGACGCCCGCUGCUGAAGCUCCCCCAGCCCCCGAGACACCGGGGCGUGCAGCUAGUGAAGCCGAUGACGCCGGUGACGCUGCUGAAGCUCCACUAUCCCCGCCCUCACCGAAAGAGGACGACCCUCUCGACGUGCAGGUCCAGAAACUCCGGGCGAAGCUUGCAAAGACGCAGGAAGAACUCGACGAGGCGAACAAGGUGGUGGAAACACAGAAUGAUGCUAUUAGCGGGAUGGAGAAGGAGAGCGAAGAGGUCCGCGCCGACUUUGAAGAGAAAGAGGCUGCCCUACGUCAGGAAAAGAAGGCAUUGGAAGACCACCUCGUGUCUGUCGUCGUGCAGCAGGUUAAGGAGGCCAAGGAGCAGGAGAGGGUCGCCAUUCGGGAACAGUGUGAAGCAGAGUUUUCGACUAGAUUAGAUAAUGCAAAAGCUGAACAUCUGGCAACCUUCACCACCCGAAGUGGCGCCCUCCAGGGCGAGAUCGACUCGCUCAAGGCUGGCAUUUUAACUCUAGAAACUGCUGCUCAGGAAUCCAAAGAAGCCUUAGAGAAGGCAGAGGUUGCUCACCGCGAAGCUCUUGAUGCUGGAAAGGCAGAUGCUGAGAAGAAAGUCGCCGAUGCCCUCGCCAGUCAUGAGAGUGCUAAAGCUGCUCUCGAUACGCAGCUCACGGAGCUUCAAUCCAGGCUAGAGAGUGCUACGAAUGAAUUGCAGACUGUAAAAUCCGACUAUGAAGCGCAGAUUUCUAGCCUUACUUCUCAAAAGGAAGCUUCCACCCAGGAGCUAGAACAAGUCCGCGGUUCGCUCGAUUCGAUCACCGCUGAACAUUCGCAGAAGGUCGAGGCAUUCACCGCACUAGAAGCUUCCCUCGCAGACAAGACCACAGAGCUAGAGAGACUUGCCACUGAGAAAGAGGACUUGGCUAAGCAGUUGAGUGAUGGUCAAGGAUCCACAGCAAAACUCCAGGAAGACCUCGACGCCAAGAUUUCAGAAAUUGCUUCCCUCACGAGCGAUCGUGACGAGCUUGCGCAGAAGCUAUUAGACGCUACCGCUGCUGGCUCUGAUUCCGCGGCCAUACUGGAAACCAAGGACAUGGAGAUUGCCAAAAUCACAGCGGAAAAGGACGAGCUUUCUGGAAAACUUGACGCUAGCGAGGCCUCUAUCGCCGGUCUUAAGAAUGACCUUGAGUCCAAAAACGCUGCUAUCUCAACACUCACUUCGGAAAAGACUGCGGUCGAAGAAACCUUGGCCAAGUUACAAGAAGAGUUAGAAGCUAUGAAAGCUGAAUUGCAGAAGGCAGGUGAGGGUGCCGAUGCAGCACACCAGGAGCAGGUUUCGAAACUUAGCGCAGAGCUCGAAUCUGUGAAGGGCGAGCUUGCAGAGGCCACUUCGUCACACGAUUCAACUAAGGCUGCGCUUGAACAGCUCACCUCUGAGCAUUCUACCGCCAAGGGUGACCUCGAGAAAGCUCUUGCUGAUCAUGCUACACUCAAAACCACUUUGGAUGCUGCCCACGCAGACAAUCAAGUUCGGGUCGAUGGUUGGGAGAAAAUGCUCAAAGAAGAAGAGGCCAAACACGCCACAACGUCUGAAAACUUCACCGCCAAGACAAAAGAGCUUUCUGAACUUACAGAAGCGCAUGAGACUACUAAGGCGAAGGUUUCGGAGCUCGAGCAAGCACUUCAAGCUGCUGAGGCUGCGAAGGGUGAUUCCGCCGGCCUCGCUGCCCGGAUUUCAGAACUAGAAUCAUCUCUUAAAGAUGAAGAGGCUAAAUACGCCACAACUUCCGAAACCUUUUCUGCCAAGAUGAAAGAGCUAGGUGAACUUACCGAGGCACAUGAGAGCACCAAAGCGAAAGUUUUGGAGCUUGAGCAAGCACUUCAAGCUGCCGAUGCCGCGAAAGGUGAAGUCCAAGUACUCAAUGCCAAGAUUUCGGAAUUGGAGCAAUCACUUAAGGAAUCACAAGAGGCACAUGACGCUAGUAAAUCUGGACUGGAAUCUGCGCAAGUUGAGCUUGCCUCUACCAAGAAAGCCCUCCAAGCGGCCGAGACUAGCAAAGAAGAAACCCAGUCGUUGGCGACGAAGAUUAGCGAGCUAGAAGCGUCACUCAAGGAAUCCCAGGAGCAAUUGCAGGCCAAGGAGACUCAACUUUCUGAAAAGGCAGAAGCCCUUGCCGCCGCGGAGUCUGCCAAGGGCGAUGCUGAAGGAUUAGGCGCGAAAAUUUCGGAGCUCGAACAGCAACUUAAGGAAAGUCAAGACAGCCUGGCGUCGAAGAAGACCGAAUUGGAGAGCACUACGAACGAUCUCAAGGCCAAGGAGGAGGCGUUGUUGGCGUCUGAAUCUUCGAAGGGAGAGAUCGAAACCCUAACCGCCAAGAUCUCAGAGCUAGAGCAAGCCCACACUACUGCAAAGAGCGACCUGGAAAAAGCCAAUACUGAUCACGAGGCUACACGAGGCCUGCUUGCUUCUACCGAAGCGGCCAAGACGGCUGCUGAGAAAUCCCUUGAGGAGAAGGUCUCUGCUCACGAUCAAGCACUUAAGGCUGCCCAAACUGAGCAUGAGGAGACAAAGGGGCUUCAUGAUGCCCGUGUUGCUGAAGUAGAAGAACUUAUGAAGAGCAAAGCUCAGUUGGAGCUUGAUCUCGCUAGCGCCAAGGAGGAGGCUGGAAAGAUUGCGGAAGUCAAGGCUGCCCACGAUGAGAUUAAGGGACUUCACGAUUCCCAGGCUGCUGAACUGGAAGAACUUUCGAAGAGCAAAGCUCAACUAGAAGAAGGUCUCGCUAGCGCUAAAGAGGAGGCCGGAAAGGUUGCUGCCCUCCAGGCUGAACUCGAAGCAGCAAACAGCGCAUCCGGUGAUAGCUCUGAGCAGAUAUCGACGCUUGAGGCAGCUAAGACUGAGUUGCAAAGUAAGUUAGAAGCCGCAGAAGCCUCCGGCAAGGAAUUGGAGGCGGCCCUUGCUCAAGAAAAAGAACAGGCCGGAAAGGUUUCUGAGUUGCAAGCACAGUUAGAUGAAGCGAAAGCUGCUACGGAAUCCGCGCAGAAGAGUCUCGUCGAUGCUGAAGCCGAGAAGUCCAAGCUAUCGGAAGAACUUGAAACUCUAAAGAGUUCUAGCUCGGAUAGUGCCACAAAGAUCGAGUCCCUCGAAGCCAGCAUCAAGGAAAUGGAAACCAAGCUAGAAGCUGCCGAGACCGACGCCAAGGAGGCGACCUCCAAGGUUGAGGGACAGCUCCAGGCUGCACAGACCGAGAAGGCCGAAUUGGAAGAUAAAUUGCAGGCACAGACCGAGGCUGCUGGGUCUACCGACGCCCAACUUGCUGAGCUCCAAGGCAAGCUCGACGCAGCUACUCAGAGCGAAAAGGACGCCCGUGACAAAUUGGCCCAAUCCUUGUCUGAGCAUGCCGAGAAGAUUCAAUUGGCUGAGAAGGAGGCAGAAGAGAAGGUUCUAGCUGCCACAAAGUCUGUGGAAGAAAUCUCUGAGUCAAAGAAACAGACUGAGGAGCAGCUUGCGCAAGCCACUCAGGCCACAAAGGACGCCGAAUCGCAGUUGGCUUCGGCACAGGAAUUGCAGAAGGAAAUCGAGACGAAACUCGAGUCUGCGCUAAAGGACAAAGAAGUGUCCGAAAAGAAGGCAGAGACCGCCGAAAACGCUAAAGCCGAGGCUGAGCAACAACUUCAGGUUGCCUUGAACGAGAAGAAGGAGAUAGCUGAGAAACUGGAAAAGGCCGAGGCUAUACCAUCUCCUCCGGCUACAAAUGGUGUUGCAAAAGAGGAAGAGAAACCGGUCAAUGGCGAGAAGGCUGAAGUACCAGAGGAAAGUAUCGAGCCGGUUGAGAAGAAGGUCGAAAUCCCAGCUGAGGAGAAAACUGAAGCCGCUGCCGCUGAAUAA